AUUUUAUAAACAGUGAUGGAUCUACGAUAAUCUCAUAGGCACUAUUGAAUACAGUUAAGUGAUGGUUCUUACUGGUCUUUCCUUGGUAAUAAAAGGCAGGCAGUAUCAAUAUUCCAGCUAUCUCAGCCGGAGUCACAAUAUCUGGUUGAUCUUGAUCCAGGUAAUAUACUUGGCAACACCGUGGUAGCAUUUGAUUCAAAACAAGACUACACAAAAUUAAGCAAACCUCCUUCAAUGGAACGAAAGCGUUCAAUAAGACGCCGCCAAAAGCCACCAUUUGCGGAGCGGGCUAAAGAUCAUUGCCGCAAUUUUACGGCAUUCAUGUUUAGCAAUGUAGGAAUUAUAUUCCUCGUUGUGUUAUACAUGAUAGCAGGUGCGUUCAUGUUCAUCGCGAUAGAAGGCAACGAAGCACUGGAGAGGUUUGCUCAAAUACCGUUUAAAAGGAACGAAACUGCUAUGAAAUUGUGGCAAAUAUCCUGCUGUGAAGUGAAUGUGUUCAACAAAAGUGUGUUCGAAGAAAAAGUAGGAAAUGAAAUACGUGCCUAUCAAGAAAAAAUAGUGCUCUGGGCUCGUCGUGGCUGGCAAGGCAGCGACAUCACCUUGGAGAGCGAAACUCCCUGGAGUUUCUCUGGAGCAUUUCUUUACUCAUUAACAGUUAUUACUACAAUAGGAUAUGGCAAUAUAGUCCCUCGUACCGAAUGGGGGAAAAUAGCGACAAUAUUUUAUACUAUAAUCGGUAUGCCGUUAUUUUUGCUCUACCUUUCCAACAUUGGUGAUAUUUUGGCUAAAUCUUUUAAGUGGAUAUAUGCUAAGUUUUGCUUAUGUCGAGUAUGUCCAGGUGUUGCUAGAAGGAGAGCAAUGCGAGCAAGACGAAGAGCACGUACGGAAGAGCGAGACUACUCGUCGGAGAUUGGGGACAAUGGAUUUGACACUAAUACCAUCACCACCUCUAACGUAGACGAAGAAAUUGAGGAAGAAAUCACUGCCGAGACGAAUACCGUUACCGUUCCAAUAACUAUCUGUAUUAUGAUAAUGAUAGGAUAUAUAUUUUUCGGAGCUCGCCUUUUUGCCGACUGGGAAAACUGGGACAUUCUCGACGGAAGCUAUUUUUGUUUCAUCUCUUUGAGCAGUAUAGGAUUCGGCGAUAUCGUUCCCGGUGCAUCGCUACAAACCAAAGGAGAUACCAAAAUGGAAAUUAGUUUCAUUCUUUGUGCGGUCUAUCUAUUGCUCGGAAUGGCUCUGAUUGCUAUGUGUUUUAAUCUGAUGCAGGAACAAGUCAUCUAUAAAAUAAGGUCACUUAAAAAGUGUGUCAGAGGAUGUUUUCGUUGUGCGAAAGCAGUACCGGUACCAAUGGAAGAGCCUGAAAGCUAG